ACGCGCGGGGGGACCAUGCCGCGCUCCUUCCUGGUGAAAACGCACUCCAGCCACAGGGUCUCCAACUACAGGCAGCUGGAGACGCAGAGAGAAAUUCAUGGCGCCUGUUCUGCCUGCGGGGGGCUGGCGGUGCCCCUCCUCCUCCCAGACAAGGCGGCCUCUUCCACCCCUGGUGACCCUCCCCUGCCGUGGGACCGCACCUCUGCCGUCUGCCCCAUCUCCCUGCCCCUUCCGCGUACUGAGGAAGCUCGGGGGGCCUCCGGGCCAGACCCCCUGGAAGGCAGCCGGGCGGACCUCUGGACCGGCCGGGCCCCCAGCGAGCCCCUCAAAGACAGCCUGAACCACCUCAACCUGCCCCCGCUGCGGGUUCCGCCCACGCGGUGGCCCCCGAUCGCGGGCCCGGACGGGGGCCAGGCUCCAGACAGACGCCAGGCGGCCCCGGGGGGCCUCGGGCGGCCGCACUGCCACAAGCCCUGCCACCUGCGGGCGCCCCGCUGCUUCACCUGCAGGUUCUGUGACAAGGAGUACGCCAGCCUGGGCGCCCUCAAGAUGCACAUCCGCACGCACACGCUGCCCUGCCUCUGCUCUGUCUGCGGCAAGGCCUUCUCCAGGCCCUGGCUGCUGCAGGGCCACAUCCGGACCCACACAGGUGAGAAGCCGUACACCUGCUCACACUGCGGCAGGGCCUUCGCCGACCGCUCCAAUCUCCGGGCCCACCUGCAGACACACUCGGACACCAAGAAAUACCAGUGCAACAGCUGCGCCAGGACCUUCUCCCGCAUGUCGCUCCUGGCGCGGCACGAGGAGUCUGGCUGCCGCCGCGGCCCCUGACGGGUGCGGGCUCAGUGCCGGCGGGAGGGACAGGACCUC